AUGGUUGUCGAGAAGCUCAUCAAGGGCGUUGCUGCGGGCAUUGGUCUAGCCUCGGAAAGCGUCUCCGCAUACAAAGCGAAUAAACGAGAGAGGAAGGAGGUCGAGGCCAGAGCGUCAGGUGGGAGCUCACCUCGCCCAGAAGCAGAUGGAGAAGCAGGGGUCGAGGCAGGGAGCGCCGCCGUGGCAGAGACAGAGCAGCAGCUGGCGGUCGAGCAGCUAGAGGAGCAGUGGGAGCUUGACGAAGCACAGGACGAGCUCCAUGAUCCAGCGCAUGAACAAUCCCCUACCGCCAACGAAGAAGAGCUCCUCCUCUGGACACCCCCUCCACCACCCUCAUACACACCCACAACAGCCCCUAAACUCCCGUACCCCGUGAUCCUCCCACAACGGCGCCCCAAAAGCAACAAGCGCGGCUUCAUCCGCGCCUACGCCCCAAUCCUGCAAGACUUCGGCAUCGACCAAAAGACAUUCCUCUCCUUCCUCGAGACGUCCAACAAAGCCUGCCAAGCAACGCCAUGGCUGUACGCGCUGAACCUCGCGUCCAUCGGAACCCUCUGGCUCCCUGGCGCAAUUUCGUUUGCCGUCUCAACGCUAAUUCAGCUCGGCACAGAGGCCGCAAUGCAAGUUGAAGGGCGGCGCAAGACAAACGCGUACUUCGACAAAAUCAACGAGGAGUUCUUCCGCCCGCGAGGCCUGUAUUGUCUGAUCAUGACAUGGGAGCCGGAGUCUGAUGCGACGAUCAGGAAGUUCGAUCUGAAUACCGCCAUUUCAACGGCUGUUGAUGGUGGUGGAGCUGGGAGGCUGAAAAAACUCAAGCAUAAGUAUAAGUCUUCGCACGGACGGACGCAGAAUGAGUUGCCGUUUCCCGAGGCCGCGCCGCUGAUCUUCCCGGGCCUUGAUGCUGUCGCGGCGUCGGGGUCUGAGACGGAAAUAAAGAAGUUGAAGAAGCGGGAGUUUCUGGCGGAUUACUUUGAUCGGAGGGGACGGGCGAAAUUUACAAUGGAGAAUCCCACAAGCGCCCUCAACAUGGCGCCCAAACCAACCUUCACAUCGCGGUACGCGGACCCUUCUCAUCCCGCGAGCAGCGGCGACCUCCUUAGUCUCGUGAGCGGCGGGCACAUCAGUAGUUCUGAGAUCAGGCCUCGUGCACCGGAGGGACGGAGGGGUAUUGCUGGUGGGCGAUUUGCGCAUCUUCCUGGGGGGAAUAUCGGACUGCGGGAUUUACCUGGUGGAGGCAUUAUCCACGCUGUUGCUUCGGCGCGUCGCGGUGGGCGUGGCCGUGGCCGUGACCGUGACCGGGGUCAUGAGCGACGGUAUGAAGAGCAUUAUGCGGAGCAAGAAAGCGGGAUUGUGGUGGACCAGGAGUAUCAAACACAGUCGCAACCACAGACCGCGCCGUACGGUGAAUAUUCUCAAGGAUCUAGAGGGUUUGAAUCGAUUCGUGGCGCGAGACAGAGAGGUCGCGGCGGUCUGGUUGGGGGUGCGAAGAAGUUUCUCAGCAGUAAUGUUCUGUACCUCAUGAUUGUGAAUAGGCCGUCUGAGGAGGAGAUGGCGGCUGCGAGGGAGAUGUUUGAGGCGUGA